ACCAACAAAGUCUGGUAUGGCUUAGAGUUAACACAAGAAAGAACCGAUACAAAAACCUUAACUGUCGAACAAGUACAAAGCAGGACAGUGCAGUCCAGUGUGCAAAACUUGCUGGCAGACAUACAAAAUGGCGACGAGCUCCGACCCGAAUAACUCAAAUCCCCCCGACGACCCGAACCCCAGCUCCGAAAUCUACACCUACGAAGCCCCAUGGCACGUCUACGCCAUCAACUGGUCCGUCCGGCGCGACAAGCCUUACCGUCUCGCCAUCUCUAGCCUCGUCGAACACUACCAUAACCAAGUUCAAAUCGUCCAUCUUAACGAUGUUGUUGGCGAGAUUAAACCCGAACCGGGUCUCACUUUCACUCAUCCUUACCCACCCACCAAAACUGUUUUUAUACCCGACCCGGAAUGUCAGAAGCCCGAUCUUUUCGCCACUUCUAGUGAUUUCCUGCGUAUCUGGGAGGUUAAGGGUGAUUCGGAUUCAGGUCGGGUCGAGCUGAAAUCGGUGCUGGAUGGGAAUAGGAGUAGUGGGUUUUGUGGGGCCUUGACUUCUUUUGAUUGGAAUGAGGCGGACCCGGGUCGGGUCGGGUCGAGUAGUAUUGACACUACUUGUACUAUUUGGGAUGUGGAGAGGGAAUGUGUGGAUACUCAGUUAAUUGCUCAUGAUAAGGAGGUGUAUGAUAUUGCUUGGGGUGGUGUGGGUGUUUUCGCUUCGGUUUCGGCUGAUGGGUCAGUUAGGGUUUUUGAUUUGAGGGAUAGGGAUCAUUCUACUAUCAUAUAUGAGAGCCCGGAACCCGAUACGCCUUUGGUUAGAUUGGGUUGGAACAAGCAGGACCCUAGGUAUAUGGCUACUGUUGUAAUGGAUAGUACUAAGGUUGUGAUUCUUGAUAUCAGGUAUCCUACAUUGCCUGUUGUGGAGUUGGAAGGGCAUUUGAAUAAUGCUAAUGCCAUUGCAUGGGCUCCACAUAGUGCUAGUCAUAUCUGUUCUGCUGGGGAUGAUAUGCAGGCGUUGAUUUGGGAUAUUUCGAAUAUGGGGAAAGCUGUGGAAGGUGGAUUGGAUCCAAUUUUGGCCUAUACGGCAGCUGCUGAGAUUGAGCAGUUGCAGUGGUCUUCAUCACAGCCGGAUUGGGUUGCUAUUGCGUUUUCAAAUAAGCUUCAGAUUCUCAGGGUAUGAAUUGUGUUCACAUUAUACCAUGUAGGUCACAUGUAAGACUUGUCAUAUAUCUUGUUUUCAUGUUUUGUUGACUGUAGAUUGUUUUUCAUAUUUUGUUGACUGUAGAUUUUUUCAUGUUUUGUUGACUGUAGAUUGUUGGGGAUCAACUGUUAUUCUUUUCCUUUAGAUUUGUGCUUGAAAAUAUGGUAAUUGACGAUAGAUUGAUGGGAA